AGUGUCUCCUCUCGCAACCUCUCACCAGCGUGGCACUAUCUUUGAAGAACAGCCCGACGAAUGGGCCGAUUUAGCGGAUGAAAGCUUAUUAUUAUUAUUUUUAUUUUUUUAUACUAAAUCUACACAGCGAGUUCUUGUAUGUAACUCGAGGAUUAACAGGUAAAUAUAAUUGAAAACUGGUGGGAUUUUAGUUGUUUCCUCGACGGGGCCCGGAUACUCCUUGAUAUCGAUAGAGAGACUCAACUCAGGUCGUUUCGUCCUGACAUGGACACAGGAACUGUACCAGAAAAGAAAAGAGUGAGCGCCGAGCGGAGAAAGGAGAAGUCGAGGGAUGCAGCGCGAUGUCGGCGUGGGAAGGAAUCAGAGGUGUUCUACGAGCUGGCCCAGGAGCUGCCCCUGCCCCACAGCAUCCGCUCCAGCCUCGACAAGGCGUCAAUAAUGAGGCUCACUAUCAGUUACUUGCGCAUGAGGAAACUGCUCAGCACAGAUGAGCCAAUGGCAGAGGAACAAACAGAGCUUGAUGAGCAGCUAAACAGCUCCUACCUGAAGGCUCUGGAGGGUUUUCUCAUGGUGCUGUCUGAAGACGGAGAUAUGGUCUAUAUGUCCGAGAAUGUCAACAAGUGCCUGGGGUUGGCACAGUUUGACCUGACAGGACACAGUGUGUUUGACUUCAUACAUCCCUGUGACCAAGAGGAGCUGAGAGAGAUGCUGGUCCACAGAACAGGCUCCAAAAAGGCAAAGGAACCAAGCACAGAACGCAGCUUCUUCCUCCGAAUGAAAUGCACCCUCACAAGCAGAGGCCGCACUGUCAAUGUCAAAUCAGCCACAUGGAAGGUGCUCCAGUGCUCGGGUCACGUCCAGGUAUACGACAGCCACACUGAGGAGACUUCCAAUGAGCAGAUGGAGCCGCCUUUCCCCUACUUGGUUCUGAUCUGUGACCCCAUCCCUCACCCCUCCAACAUCGAGGUCCCCCUGGACACCAAGACCUUCCUCAGCCGCCACACAAUGGACAUGAAGUUCACGUACUGUGACGAGAGGAUCACUGAGCUCAUGGGUUAUGAUCCAGAGGAGCUGUUGAACCGUUCUGUGUAUGAGUACUAUCAUGCUCUGGACUCAGACCAUCUCACAAAGACUCACCACAACUUGUUUGCAAAGGGCCAGGUCACCACAGGCCAGUACCGGAUGUUGGCUAAGAGGGGAGGCUUUGUGUGGGUGGAAACCCAAGCCACUGUGAUCUACAACAACAAGAACUCUCAGCCACAGUGUGUCGUCUGUGUCAACUUUGUGCUCAGUGGCAUCCAGGAGGAGAAACUCAUCUUGUCUUUGGAGCAGACUGAGGAUGUGAAGUCGAUAAAAGAGGAGCAGCAGCAGGAGGAAGAAAAGGCUGAUGUCGAGAGCAGCCAGUCAGACAUUUCUCCAACCCCACAGAAAGAGGAGGAGAAGAAGCCUGAGCUGGAUGGGGUCAAUCUGUUCACACCAACAGUAGAGGUCCAGCCGCUGCCCAGCCUGUAUGACCAGCUAAAAGAAGAGCCUGAGGCCCUCACCCUGCUAGCACCUGCCGCCGGAGACACAAUCAUCUCCCUGGACUUCAGCUGCCCUGAUUCAGAGAUCCAGCUGCUGAAGGAAGUCCCUCUCUACAAUGAUGUCAUGCUUCCCUCCACCAGUGACAAGCUGGCCCUGCCUCUCUCUCCUCUGCCGUCCAGUGAGCCUCUCCUUGUCAACAGCACCUCUAAGGAUGCAAAAGCUGAGACCUACACAGCAGCCUCAUCCUCUACAGAGACCAGCCACAGCUCCUCAGAGGCUGGCAGUCCAUUGGAUUUUUGUUUCCCCAUGGAUUCGGAGAUGAGCUCAGAUUUCAAACUAGACUUGGUAGAGAAGCUGUUUGCCAUUGAUCCAGAGCCCAAGACCCCCUUCAACACACAGGCAAUGGAAGGAUUAGAUCUGGAGAUGUUGGCGCCCUACAUCCCAAUGGACGAUGACUUCCAGCUGCGCAGUCUGAGCCCAGAUGAGCCUCUGUCCUGUGGACCAGUCAAAGCCCUUGAGAGUCCUCCAGUCAGCGUCGCAAAGGACAUCCACAGCUAUCCCAGUUCCCCAUUCAGUGCACCAAACAGCCGCACCGCUUCACCAGCUCCACCUGAGCCAGUAAACGCCCCUCAUUUUGCCAGCAUCAUUUCCAAGAGGACCCCACAAGUGGACAAAGAAGUGUCUCUUAGGACCCUGGCAGCUCAGAACACACAGCGUAAACGAAAACUGGGCGACUUAAAACAGAUGAUUGGACAGGGAGCUCUGCCCCCCGAACAACUGGAGCAGGGCAAGAAGCUGAAGCCCUCAGAGUCGGAAACAACUACCACCAUACUUCUGCUGCCUUCAGAUAUGGCGUGUCGUCUGCUGGGUAGCACGUCAGAAGGCUCCAGUUCCCCUUUCACCCUGCCACAGCUCACCCGCUACGACUGCGAGGUCAACGCCCCCUUACAGGGUCGUCAGUACCUGCUGCAGGGGGAGGAGCUGCUGCGCGCUCUGGACCACGUCAACUGAGUCAAAGCUUAGCUUGCUCACUGCUGAACUAUACUGGACACUACAAUUUCUCCCCUCUCCAAGACCCCCACCUAACCCCACCCCUCUACCCCUUAUUUAUGUAUGUGUAUGAGUUUGACUUUAGUUUGGCUGCUGUUUGUGCACAUCAUGUGAUAUCUGCAGCAUUCCACCGUGACAAACACCAUAGCAGCAUCUGGGUUUUUGGUGCAAGGGAUUCAGGCAUCAUGAGAUGUCCAAUUGUUGUCCUAUUUUUUUUUUUUUUGUCUCUCCUCCGGGGAGUCUCUCAGCACACAGCGCCUCUACAUGUGACCCUCUUCCAGCAGGUCACCACAGAACUGCCAGCAGUGUAUUGUAAGCUUCAGUCGCACAAUUUAUAUUUUCUUAAAAAGAUAAAUAUUACCAGCAAUAUAUAUUAAGCCUUUUUAAAGUCAUUUUAAUGGGAUUUGAACAAUUUUAUUUUUCCCUCCCAUACUUGUAUGUUGUAGUACUCGUACCUAACCAGAUGUCUUUAGUCCAGAAGUAUGAACAUGUUGUUUAAACCUUAACCGGUUUUAAUGUUUAUCUCCAUUUAAUAGAUAUACGUCUUUGAGAUAAAUGCAUUUAAUUGUGUAGCAGUCCAGUACAUGUCACUGUAUUACUUUACUGUAAGUGUGCUACUGUACAUAUACCAGGAACAUUUUAAUGUUCUCACUUUGACUUCACAGCUUUGACUCUUACUCUCACGCCAAGAGUAACUUCAUCUUCUGUUGCUUCUCUUCAUGCACUAUUGGAUUUUUUCUUUUAACAUAAAGUGAACUUGUGUUUUUGGUUUUAAAUGUGUGACAUACUCGAAACAGUCAGUUAACAUAAGAGGGAUCUCAGUGCUCCAUAUUUGACCCGUGAUCAUCAUCAGGAGUCAUCAGACUCGUUUGCUCAGUUAAUGGUAGUCAGGUUCAAACCAUUGAUCCGUAACAUAUUGUUGGGUCUCUCAUGCUUCUUGUUGCUGUCUAACAUUAAAUGGCUUUAAUAAAGUGCAUUGUUUCAGCUUUC